ACCAUGGAGCCAGCGGGCAUCACCUUCCUCCUGGGGCUCCUCGUCCUCUGGGCUCAGCUGCCGGGCGCCCCGGGGCAGGACGACGGAGGUAAAGAAGGAGAGUGCCCGGCUGGCGAGGUCAAGGCCGUGCCUCCCUCCAGGGUCUACUGCCUCUCGGACCGCAGCUGCCCGGGGGCCGAGAAGUGCUGCAGCAGGGAGCACCUGCGAGCCUGCCUGCUCCCUGCCACCGUGUCCCCAGGCUACUGCCCGCGGUCCGGCCCGCAGGAGGAGGGGGCGGGGAGCUGUGCGGCCAGCUGCUCCAACGACACGGCGUGCCCCGGGGGGCAGAAGUGCUGCGUUGAGGGCUGCUGCGCUCGCUGCCACUGCCCCGAGCCAGCCAAGCCCGGCGUUUGCCCUCGGAAGCCAGCCUCCCCGGACUUCGCCCCCUGCCCCAGCCGGUGCGAGGACGACAGGACCUGUCCUGGGGACGAGAAAUGCUGCUUCACCGGCUGUGGACUGGGCUGCGUGAGCCCCUACAAAGAGAAGCCGGAGGAGUGCCCGGCAGUGCCGACGGCGCAGCCCAAGGGGCCAUGCCUGGACGCCUGCCUGGACGACUCCGAGUGCCCGGGGGACGAGAAGUGCUGUGACACCGGCUGCGGCCACCGCUGCCAAGCUCCGCACUCAGGUACCGAACCCCCGACACAUCCACUCCCCUCCAUCUCCCACAUGGCAUCAGUGCCCCUCCAGGAGCCCUGCUUAGGAAGGAAUCCCCCAGGACAGGUGCUAGGUGUGGGGGGCAGGACAGGGCCCAGCAGCGGCAGAGAGCCGUGUCCCCGUGGCCCCAGCUCGACCACUUUCCCUGCACCUCCCUCACCCCUCCGGGGGCCGAGGAGGGGGGUGUCGUGGCUCCCGGCCAGCCGUGACGCCGGGUGGCCCUCACGUGUUGCAGCCAAGCCGGGCGCCUGCCCACUGCUCCUGCGAGGCUCCCUUGGGCCCUGCAUGGAGACGUGCCGCAGCGACGGGGACUGCGCCGGGGCGGAGAAGUGCUGCAGCACCAGCUGCGGCCACAUCUGCAAGCUGCCCGUUGCGGUGCGGCCGGGGCUCUGCCCUGCCCCUGCCAGAAAGGACGAGGCCGAGGACUGCUCCCUCCUGUGCAGCCAGGACAGCGAGUGCCCGGCGGGCGAGAAGUGCUGCCUGCUGAGCUGCGGCCGUGCCUGCGUCCCCCCCGUCGUGCAGGAAAAGCCGGGCCGGUGCCGAUGGACGCCGCACGUGUGCCUGGGGAACGUCACGGCCGAGUGCCACACGGACGCCGAGUGCCCGGGCAGGCGCAAGUGCUGCCUGGCCGGCUGCGCCCGGACGUGCACCCCUCCCGAAACAGGUGUGGCUCCUUGGACCGUCAGAGCUGCCACGGACUGGGGCGGACCCCGGGUCCGUCUGGGCCCCUCUCCGGCACGGCGGCAGAGUGCGGAGGCUGGAAGGGAGAGGGACUGGGUCGGAGCAGGGCCUUCCCUGCUCCUUUCUCCCCUGCAGCCUCCAGCAUUUAAGGUCCACGGCGCUCUGAUGCAGGGGCCGUGCCCCUCUCCCUGCGCAGUAGCGACCGAUGCCCUUUCUGCCAAGCACAGGUCCAGUUCCCCCACCACAUCUGGUGGCCACGAGUCCCACCUGUAAUGCCACACCGAGGGAGAACAACUUGCCCGGCGUUAGCUAUAAACUGCCGGGCUGCUGUCCCAUGCUGCGACCCUCGUUCUUGUCCGGCGAGAGAGGAUAAAUCCCUCCUGGCUUUCUCUUCCCCAUUCGAUGUCUUGGGAACCCUUUUCAUGCCCCUCCAGCAUCUCUUUUCCGAACAGAACAGGCCUGGACCCGGGAGUCUCCGCUCAUGCAGCAGCGCCUCCGCACCACCCAUCACCCCAUGGCCCUUCUCUGCACCUCUCUCGUUCCUCCUUCACCCUCCACCCCUGUCGUGCCGGGCACAGGGUCCCGGUGGCAGGGACAGUUGCAUGGACCACCCAACCCCCAGCUGUGCCCUCUCCAGUGAUGCCUGCCCUGCUCCACGCAGGUCGAGCCCAAGCUGGCCCCUUGCCCACAUUGCAACCACAGCCAGGCCGGGCAGUGUGGCAAGUAAUGCCACGUGCAGCCAUUCCCUCUGCAGAUACCCCUUCAGGUGCCUGCUGCCCACCUGGGCACCGGGGCCUCUGCCCAUGGGGGCUACAGCCACCCCUCCGCAGGCAGCUUGGGGCAAGGGGCAGAAGUCGUGGCCAUGGGGACUGCUCGCAAGGGCCCACGUGAAGCCAGGGCUGCUCAAGCUGCUCACCGGGGCACGUCCUGGUCCGUCAGCGGCUUCCCCACGUCUCCAUCACCGGGGGAGGAGGGCACACCUGGCUCUGACCCCGGCUCCUUCUCUUCCAGGCCCAGCCUAGACCUGGCCUGGGGAAGCGGCCGGCUUCAGGACGUCUCCCUGGCUCCUGCAUCCUCCAGCCCCUGCUUGGGGGAAGGGGGUUUCUGCCGUGGCUGCUGCCCCUCUAGGCUCCGUGCUGUGCCCGGGGGUCUGACACCCCCACGGGGCAUGGGGCAUGGGUCAGACCUGCCCCUCGCAGCCCAGAGCAUCCGCGGCCUCUGCGGCUUGAGUAUUCACGUGGUUGAACUCCAUGGCUGCUGGAGACGCGGCCAUUCGCCUCCAGGCUGAGCACAAGGAAUAAACGCUGGGCAC